AUGAACUUUGAGGCAGUGGAUCGCUUCGGCGUGCACUCAACCGAGAGAACUGAUCAGAUAGGCGAGUACCUUCUCCGCCAGGCCCGCAGAUCCAAACAGGGCGAAGUCGACCUCGAAAAGGCCAAGGUCUCCUCCACCCUGUACGUCGGCAACCUGUCCUUUUUCACCACUGAGGAGCAGGUGUACGAGCUGUUUUCCAAAGCAGGCCCCGUCAAGAAGGUCAUCAUGGGCCUCGACAGGUUCGAGCGCACCCCGUGUGGGUUCUGCUUUGUUGAGUUCGAGUCUCAUCUCGACAGCCUCUACGCGGUCCGCUAUCUUGACCAAACUAAACUAGACGACCGAAUUAUCAAAAUAGAUCGAGACCCAGGGUUCGUGGACGGACGCGAGUUUGGCCGCGGCGUCUCGGGCGGCCAGGUGCGUGACGAGUUCCGCGAGGACUACGACCCCGGCCGCGGUGGCUACGGCAAGAACCGCCAGCGCUGA